CAGAAGGGCACCCUCAUCGUUUGAUUGUUCAGCUCAUAAUCAACACUUCCAGGAUUUCGCGGACUCGAGAAGGUUCCGAACUCCUGUCGAUUUUUUUUUCACAGUUUAUCGAGAGUUUUGAACCCUAAAACAACAUGACUAUCUGUGGUAAGGAUUGGUUGAUUGUCAUCCCCGCGGCUGGCGCCAUCGGCUUGGCGGUCUACUUUGUGGCGUCCAAGUGCCAAGGCGCCUGCGGCGAUGCCAAAAAGGACGACAUCAUCAACAAGAGCCAGCAGAAGAGCCAGCAGAAGGGCCAGGAGAAAGUGGUGACCGAGAUUGAUAUCGAAGAGCUCGGGGAUAGCGAGGCGUUCUGCCGAUGCUGGCGCUCGAAGAAGUUCCCAUACUGCGACGGUUCUCACAACAACCACAACAAGGAGACCGGCGACAACGUUGGACCUCUGUGUCUCUCCAAGAAGUCUGGGAGCUCUUAAAGAUUUCCGUCAGCUAUACAAACAAAAAGUAAAACAAAUGAGUCAAGAAAAGAUGAGCAAUAAAGUAGGAAAAAUGUUUUGAAAGCGUCACGUUGAUAACUUUCAUUAUGUUGGGAGAAAGGGUGUGGGUUUAUUUGACGUGAAAAUGCUGGUACCAUUUUGUCUAAACGUGUGUGUGUGGAUUGUACUUGUUAACAUGUUUUAACCAUUCAGUGAAUAGGGCUGUGCCACUGAAUAUUCAAAUAUUCAAUCGUCAACAAAAUAUCCGAAUAUUUUUGAUUCAGAUAUUCUAAAAAUGUCAGUGGUCAUAAGGAGAUGAUGAAAACUGUAUAAGUUGUGUGGUUUUAUUGUUUGUCAAAUGCAACCCUUUUAUUAAAAGCCGCUAUUGGGCAGGAUUUGAGUGCUUCCAUGCGUAAUAUUAGCCCCAAUUUCUUUAACCGUAACGCCCUGGGGGUGUGCAAAAUCAUAUUAAAAUUGGAGGAUUCAGGACUGUUGGGGAUUGAAAUCUGUCAAAUAUCAGCUGCCACUAAUUGUUCUUUAUAAUAUUCUUUGUCUUUUUUCCACUAGUGCAGGUUCAAGCAAAUGCUGAUUUGCUGUCAUGUGUUUAACUUGAUCAAUGCAUUUUGAAAUCGAAUAUUUGAAUAUUAGAUCAAGUCAAAGCUGGAAUAAUCGAAUACUAGGAAAGAAUGUUGCAACCUGACGCCACUUCAGCAGUUGUUUUACAAAGUCUAUGGAGAGUCAAGAAUUUUUGUAAAGUAUUUCCUAACAAAAUUGGAAAUGUUUGUCAGUCCGAGAUUCAUGUGUUAACAGUUUUGCAAUGACUGACCUUCAUUGAGAUGAUAUUUGAAGAAAAAAAGCAGCGUCAGGGUGCAACAUUCUUUUCCAAUACUAAAUUGUUCUAAAACGCACAGCUCUAUCAGUGAUUACGAUUCUAGGAUGUCUGCUUUUUCAAAUUCACGGUAAUCAUCAUAUUUAGCAAAAACAACGUUAACAUUUAGUGCAUUUUACUUGUCUUGACUUUUAACCAGCAAGUCUUCAAAUCUAAUGUCAUUAUUUCAAGAAAGUACUCUGAUUUGAAAAUGAAUUCCUCAAAAGUUUUGCCAUUGAAUUUGUACACGAAACCCUCAGGAAAACUUAGCCACUGCGUAAUACAAGCACAUAAAACUCAGUUUAAGACCAUUUUAGAGUCUAAUGUCAAAUGUGAUUUGUUGCAAGAAAGGUUUCAAACCAGCGUUUUCAGAUAUUUAUUACUGCAUGUAUUUGCAUGAAUUGGAAAAAUGUUAGAUUUGGGAAAUUGGGAAUAUCUUCUGAGCAAAUCUACUCGUCGUUACUGAAAGUUAUUUUUAAAGUAAACUUUAUGUUGGCAUUUUUGUAUUAAUCAUUAGAAAUGAUUGUUAAUUUGGUCAAUUUCACAAAGUGUGUUGUGAGUAAAACUUAAAUUGACUCAUUUGGUUAUAAACCGGUGUUUAUUCUAUGGGGAGUUGUAACAUGGAUAUUGUUUUUUUUUUAAUUUGUAUGUAUAUUACUUUAAGUAAUCGGUGAUUGGAUAAUUUGUGUUUGAUUUAUUUUUAUAAUAUUAUUUAGCCGUGAGUAGUCUUAAUUCAAGCCUGACUUCUUUCUGGAGUACAGUCAUCUCCUAGUUGACAUUUGAAAAUUGCUGCAAAGGCUUUGAAGUGUAAAUCUGGCUAUUUCAUGACCAUACCAUCAAUAAUUUCCACCAAAAACUUCAGAGUUUUACAGUUUUUGCGCACAAAUUGGCACACACCAUUUUCUACCUGGAUUCCAGUUGGAAAAUUCCCUGCAAGUCGAACAUAAAGAUGUCGAUCGUGUUGCUCGUGAGAUGGCUAGCGCAAAGUCAGACUUGAAUCAAGUCUAGGUAUGAAAUUGUUAAAGUAGAAUUAGAUUCCUUGUAUGGAAAAAAAAAAUAAUCAUGCAUUUACUUGAUAGGUUUUACCCAAAAGAGAUUUGAUCAAACAUCUAUCCAAUAUUUUACGAAAUUCGGGUAAACAAUGGAAAUCCUGUACACGUGCUUCAUUUUGAACAAAAAUCAAACAGUGACUAUAAAAUGUAAGCCAGUUUUGGUAAGUGCAAACUUGAUAUUAAAAUUAAAUAUUGGUAUUUAUUUGGCGUGAAUUUUUUUCCAUGUUAAACUGAGAUUUCUACAUCUGAAUCUUCUGGCCCGACUUAGAAACACAUCCAUGUAUUAUAGAAAUGUUCUGCAUUUUUGUAACUUAACAUGUUCCCAUACAUUGUACUUUUUCUUGACAAUAUCUGAAUAAUGUGGAAUGAGUGUGGCAUUAAAUCCUUGAUGAAAUUUGAAA